CCGGAGGUUCUGUCGCGUUGCUUUUGUCAGAUCUUUUCUUUGGUCACACAAAACGCGCACUUUUCUUUUUCACGCUCAAAACAAAACAGUUUCCACGCGGGAUUCUGCGCGUGGCUUCGCGCCGCGUCGCGCCGCGUCCACGAAGCGAACUCCAAUAAAAAACAUUUCUUAUUGUGACCAAACUCCGCUGACCGUGCGUGAGAUUUACGCCACAGAACUGUGAGCGUCUCUGUUGUUUUUGGGAACUUUUGACUCAUGAUUUUGUCACUUGUCGUGUGAAGAAUUUUCCUCGAUGCCCGAAUUGGUGAAAAUGUUUUUGAGAACGAAAAUGACGCGAGUUUAUUGACAAGAGACGCGUGUUUUUUGCACUGGGGCGAGUCCGUGUUUUGUGGCUGGAGGUUUUGGCGCAGACGUGAAGCAUGAUGGGAAACUGAGUCUCGAUGGACCAAGAAAUCUCCCUCCUCUCACUGAGGAAGUUGGCGGCGGAGCCUCAGUACUCGGACGUGACGCUGCCGCCGGUGGAGCGGGUUCGCGCUCUGGGCAGGAUGGGGCGGGGCGUCCAGGUGGAGGCGGAGCUUUCUCCUCACCUGUACCUGCGCUGGGGGCGGGACAUGGAGCGCAUGGCCUCGGUCUACCACCAGGAGGAGCAGCUGGAGAACGCCUACGUGCUCUACAACAAGUUCAUCACUUUGUUCGUGGAGAAACUUCCUCUGCACCGAGAUUAUCACGAGUGCAGCUCCAGCCCCGAGAAGGUCUACAUCAUGAAGAAACUUCAGGAGGUGGCGUUUCCUCGACGAGACGAACUCAAGAAAAAACUGGAGGAAAAAUACAACAAAGAAUAUUCAGACUACCUCAACAAGAGCCAAUCAGCAGCGGAGGGGCAUGACGAGCAGCAGCAGCGAGCCUCCCCAUUGGCCGCUGACCCCGGCUCGCUCCUAUUGGCCGAGGGCUCGAUGGGGCGGGGCCAGUGGCUGGAGCAGGAGCGGCGGCGCGUCGAUGACAUCAGGAGGCGCCAGAUCGAAUCGGAGCAGUUCAUUCGUUUCGAAGAACAAUUGAGGAGGCAGGAGCGGGCCAAUCAGAGAGAGGAAGGGGCGGGGCCACAGGAGCCGGCCAAUCACAGGGAAGAACAACAGGUGGCGCUCAGAGACUCAGAUGUGACGGACGGCUCCUGUCUGUCCCAGCAGCCAAUCAGAGCCAGCGAACAGCCAGAGGGGGCGGGGCUUAACAGGACCAGAGCAGCUCCUGUCCAAUCAGCUGCUGUCCUCGCUGCGGUUCACUCUCUGGACGGGUUGAGGCGGGUGGUGCUUCCCAGAGAUUUGUCAUUGAGGUUUCUGCGUUUGGCUGAGUCCAACACGAACCGCGGUCUGGAGACGUGCGGCGUGCUCUGCGGACGCCUGUGUCGUGAGGAGCUUCUCGUUUCUCAUGUCGUCGUCCCAAAACAAACGUCAGGUCCAGAUUUCUGUGACAUGGAGAACGUGGAGGAACUGUUCUGCUUCCAGGACCAACAGAACCUCCUGACGCUGGGCUGGAUCCAUACUCAUCCCACUCAGACGGCGUUCCUCUCGUCUGUAGAUCUUCACACUCACUGCUCGUUUCAGCUCAUGCUCCCGGAGGCCAUCGCCGUGGUGUGUGCGCCCCGACACCAAGAUUGUGGCGUCUUCAGACUCACUGGUCCUGGGAUCUCUGAAGUUUCUCGAUGUCGACUCAAAGGGUUCCACCCCCACUCCAGAGACCCGCCCCUUUUCUCAGUGUGUAAACACGUGCUGUUGAGGGAUUGUGCAGUGACGCUGUUGGACCUCAGGUGACACACAGGGGGCGCUCUUUGCUCCACUGAGCCGCCUCCUCCUCCUCCUCUUCACCCGGAUCUCACCUGGACCAGACCUGGACUCAGACUUAAUUUAUUUAAUCCUGUUUUAGUCCUGUUUUAGUCUUGUUUUAGUCCUGGUUUAGUCCUGGUCUGGGCGUCCUGCCCGUGGGGAACAGCAGGUGGCGCUGUGUGUUACUUGAGCUUUGUCUUUGUUUAAAUUUGAAUUUGUGAUUUUGUGAAAUUGACACGUGUCAUUUUUAAUAAACGUUUUUGUGAUUUCA